AUGCCAACCCUCGACCCGCACCUUUACACCGUCGCAUGGAUCGCUCCACUCGAGAUCGAGGUACAAGCUGCCAGACAUAUGCUGGAUAAGGUGCAUUCGGGAGGAUUUCCUGUCGGCCCUGGAGAUGACUAUUUGUUCCACGCCGGUGAGAUCCACGGACAUAAUGUCGUGAUCGCUACGUUUGCUGCCGGCCAACGGUAUGGCACAAACUCUGCAGCGUCUCUUGCAAGCCACAUCAGAAAGUUUUUUCCGAACCUAUGGUUUGGGCUUCUCGUGGGUGUUGCUGCGGGUCUCCCAAACCACUCGUGCUCGCCCCCGCGCGAUAUUCGGCUGGGCGAUGUUAUUGUGGCUUAUUCUCCUCCUAGCGGAGAUUCCCCAGCAAUUGUACCUUACGGACUCGGGAAACAGAAGGGAGGCGAUAACUUCGAGUUGCUCUGCAACGGACAUUCCCUGCCUCAAACACAACGCAUUGUAGGGUCCGCAAUCGGUAAGCUCAAGGCGGAAAACCGAGAGGCACAAGUGAUACUGGGCUACUACAGGGAUAUACCGGAGACAUUCACGAAGUUUCCAGACCCUGGACAAGAAAACGACGUUCUUUACUUAUCCGACGAUAAUCUACCACUUCCACGAAAACGCCGGCCGGACGCUGAACGUACGCGCGUCUGGUACGGAUCAAUCGGCUCCGGAGACCAGCUGCUGAAAAGUAGCCGAGAUCGAGAUAAAUUAAGAGACAGAUACAAUGUAAUUGGUCUAGAAAUGGAGGCCGCCGGCGUCAUGAACGAAAUCCCAGUGGGAAAUAUUCGCGGGGUUUGCGAUUAUGGCGACGAGCGAAAGAAUAAAGAAUGGCAGCCUUACGCAGCGGCGAUGGCAGCGGCCUUCGCGAAAGCAGUGCUGUCGGAGAUCCCCCCAAAGUGUGUUGCACAAUCAUCAGAUGUCAAAACAGCUUUUACAGAUAAAGAUAAUUCCUGCCUGCGGGAUUUGCUGGUCGUGGAUCCAGAAACCGAGCUGCGACGCAUCGAGGCCACGAAGGGUGGUUUACUGGAUGAUUCCUUUCGGUGGGUCUUGGGUAAUACUGAAUUCCGGAAAUGGCGUAGGCGCCAACAAAGCCAGUUGCUUUGGAUUAAGGGUGAUCCUGGCAAGGGCAAGACCAUGCUUAUGAUUGGGAUAAUUAAAGAACUGGUACUGCAAGUUCAGUCGCAGCCAUCACGAUCAAUUGCCUACUUCCUCUGCCAAGCAACGGACCCCAGACUGAAUAAUGCCACCAGUAUCCUACGGAGUGUGAUCUAUAUGCUGGUCCAGCAACAGCCGCAUUUGAUCUCACGUUUGCGAAAAAGAUAUGACGCGAACCCAAACCUGUUCGAAAGCGCAAAUGCGUUCUACAGCCUGUCUGCGAUUUUCGAAAAUAUGAUCCACGAUUCCACACAAGCCACGAUCUAUCUACUCGUCGAUGCUCUUGAUGAGUGUGAAACCGGCCUAUCUGAUCUCCUUAAACUUAUUGCAAGAACUAAGUUUAUAUCGGCUGCAGAGGUGAAGUGGAUUGUCUCUAGCCGAAACAGGGAUGAGAUUGAGCAAGAGCUAGAAUUUGGCACCGAGGAAGCCAGCCUCAGCCUGGAGCUAAAUGCGAGCCAUGUAUCUAAUGCGGUUGCGGCAUUUAUUGAUGACAGAGUGUCUCGGCUAAAGGCACUCCAUCGAAAUGGAGCCCUCUUGAAACAAGUCAAGGAACAACUGCGUCAAAAGUCAGAUGGCACAUUCCUAUGGGUGGCCUUGGUGAUCCAAGAAAUGCAGAAGUGCCGGCGUUCAGCAGCAAUAGUUGAGCUGUUGGAGAGAACCCCCCAAGGCUUGAUCCCACUCUAUGAUCGGAUGCUUCAACAGAUACAACUUUUCCAAGGCCAAGAUCAUGAAUUAUGUAUACUGGUCCUCUCAAUUGUGACGCUUGCAUACCGACCACUUCAUCUACAUGAAUUAUGUCUCUUAGCUGGCUUGCAGAAGCAACAAUACGGCUCUGAUGACUUGGAGAAUAUUGUGGGCAUGUGCGGAUCAUUUCUUACAAUUCGCGGUAACAAUGUUUAUCUGGUACAUCAAUCUGCCAAAGACUACCUUAGUGAUGCCAAGGUAUCAGCUGCUAUUUUCCCGCAUGGACCCUCUGCAAUACAUCACAGAAUAUUCCGCGAGUCUCUGCAGAGCCUCUCAGCCAAACUACGACGCAACAUUUACAGCAUUAAUAACCCAGGAGCUACAAUCUCUGAGAUAGCAACUCUUCAACCACAGCCUGACCCGCUGUUUAACUUGCAAUACAGUUGCAUAUAUUGGUUGGACCAUUUUAUCCAUUCUAAGUCCCUGGAGAGGCCUGAAUCAUCAGAUGAUCAAAUAUCUGAUUUCUUCAAGCAACAUCUCCUCCACUGGUUAGAAAGCCUUGGCCUGAUUGGCGAGCUCCGGCACGGGAUCCUAAGCCUCAGAAAGCUUUCAGCUUGUCAGAGUCAGCAUCAGGAUAUCUUUAGGGAGGCUGAAAGAUUCGCAAGUACUAAUGCAGUGAUAAUACAGGAGGCACCUUUACAAACAUAUAGUGCCGCACUUGUCUUCUGCCCCCGAGAAAACUUAAGCAAAAGAAUGUACUGGAAUCAGCGGUUUAACUUUAUAGAGCAGGCAUAUGUCAUGCACGAGUCCUGGGACCCAUGUAUACAGGUCCUCGAGGGCCAUGAGAACUCUGUCAACGCUGUGGCCUUCUCACCGGACGGGCAGACGGUGGCGUCCGCUUCCGAUGACAAGACCAUCCGGCUCUGGGACGCGGCCUCCGGUGCUGAAAAGCAGGUCCUUAAGGGCCAUGAGAACUGGGUCAACGCAGUGGCCUUCUCACCGGACGGGCAGACAGUGGCGUCCGCUUCCAAUGACAUGACCAUCCGGCUCUGGGACGCGGCCUCCGGUGCUGAAAAGCAGGUCCUUAAGGGCCAUGAGAAAUCUGUCAACGCUGUGGCCUUCUCACCGGAUGGGCAGACGGUGGCGUCCGCUUCCAAUGACAUGACCAUCCGGCUCUGGGACGCGGCCUCCGGUGCUGAAAAGCAGGUCCUUAAGGGCCAUGAGAAAUCUGUCAACGCUGUGGCCUUCUCACCGGACGGGCAGACGGUGGCGUCCGCCUCCUUUGACACGACCAUCCGGCUCUGGGACGCGGCCUCCGGUGCUGAAAAGCAGGUCCUCGAGGGCCAUGAGAACUGUGUCAGGGCUGUGGCCUUCUCACCAGACGGGCAGACAGUGGCGUCCGCUUCCGAUGACAUGACAGUCUGGCUCUGGGACGCGGCCUCUGGUGCUGAAAAGCAGGUCCUCGAGGGCCAUCAGAACUGGGUCAGGGCUGUGGCCUUCUCACCAGACGGGCAGACGGUGGCGUCCGCUUCCGAUGACAAGACCAUCCGGCUCUGGGACGCGGCCUCCGGUGCUGAAAAGCAGGUCCUUAAGGCCCAUAAGAAAUGGGUCAGGGCUGUGGCCUUCUCACCAGAUGGGCAGACGGUGGCGUCUGCUUCCGAUGACAAGACCAUCCGGCUCUGGGACGCAGCCUCCGGUGCUGAAAAGCAGGUCCUCAAGGGCCAUGAGAAAUCUGUCAGGGCUGUGGCCUUCUCACCGGAUGGGCAGACAGUGGCGUCCGCCUCCUUUGACACGACCAUCCGGCUCUGGGACGCAGCCUCUGGUGCUGAAAAGCAGGUCCUUAAGGGCCAUGAGAACUCUGUCAACGCAGUGGCCUUCUCACCGGACGGGCAGACAGUGGCGUCCGCUUCCGAUGACAAGACCAUCCGGCUCUGGGACGCGGCCUCCGGUGCUGAAAAGCAGGUCCUUAAGGGCCAUGAGAACUGGGUCAGCGCUGUAGCCUUCUCACCUGAUGGGCAGACAGUGGCGUCCGCUUCCUUUGACACGACCAUCCAGCUCUGGGACGCAGCCUCUGGUGCUGAAAAGCAGGUCCUUAAGGGCCAUGAGAAUUCUGUCAACGCAGUGGCCUUCUCACCGGACGGGCAGACAGUGGCGUCCGCUUCCAAUGACACGACCAUUUCCAAUGACACGACCAUCCGGCUCUGGGACGCGGCCUCCGGUGCUGAGAAGCAUAAACAUCAUCUUGACGUAGUAGUAACUACUUUGUCAUUCCCAGAUAACAGCUGCCUCAAUACUGACCGCGGUUCGCUUUCUUUGAACCACCAAGCUUGCAACUUCUCCAUUGAACGGCCAGAGAAUGAAAUAUUCAUACAUAAGAAAUGGGUGACUCGCAGCGGGCAGCGCUUGAUCUGGCUUCCACCAGACUUUCGGGCGACAUGUACGGUUACCAGUGGCAAUAAUGUGGUUCUUGGCCAUGCAUCAGGCGGCUUGACAUUUUUGUGGUUGAAUUAA